AUGAUAAAUAGCGCGGACACUGCGGCAGUGUACCAUAAUGAAGCACAAUUAGGUCAUGCCCUCUGUUGCCUGCUGCCCAAGCAUAGCCUCUCUCGAGAAGAUGUUUUUAUUACUAGUAAACUGGGUCCCAAAGAUCAGGGGUCCAAAGCCAGAGAUGGUUGCCUGAGGAGCCUGGAGCAAUUGGGAUUGGGCUACAUUGACCUAUAUCUUAUUCAUUGGCCAGGUACUCAAGGGCUGCCAGCGGGGGAUAAACGAAACCCUGAAAACCGUGCUCAGAGCUGGACAGUCUUGGAGGAGUUCUACUCAGAAGGAAAAUUUCGGGCCAUUGGGGUGUCUAAUUACACAGUAGAGCACAUGCAGGAGCUACUGAAGAGCUGUAAAGUGCCCCCAGCAGUUCUUCAGGUGGAGUUCCACCCAAAGCUGGUUCAAAAGGACCUGAGGGCACUUUGCAAGGAAAGAGGGGUGUGUUUUCAGGCAUACUCGUCUCUUGGAACAGGGCUUCUACCAUCAGACCAUGUGGUUCUGGAUUUAGCAAAAAAGUAUGGGAAGACAUCAGCCCAAGUGUUGCUGAGGUGGGCCGUACAACAGAACAUUCCAGUACUGCCAAAAUCGCGUCAGCCAGAACGUGUGGAGGAGAAUGGGCGUCUGUUUGACUUUGAGAUUAGCGAGGAGGAUGUGGAAAAGCUCUCCGCUCUUGAUUGCGGGGAGAAGUUCUGCUGGGAUCCAACACAAGUGUCUUAAAGACAACUCAUUGACAAAAACUCAAAAUGAAUUUUUGAUUUACCGAAAUUCCAAGGUUGUUCAGAUUUACAAAUUUACAUCCCACAGCAUAAUCUACAUGGCUCUUUAUUUUAUGGUUAGCUUGCUACUUUAUCUUUUGCUUGACCAUUUGAAAGGGAACUGUGAGAGUUGUUCUGAUGCAAACAGUA